AUGGCAGCCACGGCACAUAACGACGUUUCUAUCGUGGAGUUGAAGGUGGAGAUUGAGAGGCUGAGUCGUGAGCUGGACCAGGCAAGCAGCGAGAAGAUACAAUCAGCUCAGCUAGGUUUGGUGCUCCUCGAGGAGAAGAGUGCGCUUCAGCAACGAUGUGACGAAUUGGAAAGUCUGUACGAGAACACAAAGCACGAACUUGAGAUCACCCAAGAGGCGUUGAUGAAACUUGACACAACCCAGAAAGUGACCACACAAAGUGGAAUUGAACAAGAAAAUGCUCUUCUUAAUGAGUCGGCUGCUAUGGAAAGCUCACUCACAUUACAGAUUAUUGAGCUGGAAGGAGAGACAAAACAGCUGCGCCACGAGCUGGAGCGGGUGGUGAGCGAGCGGGACCGCCUGCUGACGGAGAGCUCGGAGCUGGGCGCGGACAAGGCGACGCGGGAGGCGGACCGCGCCGCGCUCAGAGCGGAGCUGCGCGAGGCCAGGCAGCGGGAGCAGCGGCUGCUCGUCGACAUCGGCGACCUAGAGGACGAGAACAUAUCGCUGCAGAAGCAGGUCUCGGCGCUGCGCUCAUCCCAGGUCGAGUUCGAGGGGCUGAAGCAUGAGGUGCGACAGCUGCGCGAGGAGGCGGAGAACGCGCGAGCAGCCGCUGACGAAACUGCAGCGCUGCGCCGCAUCGCCGAGCGGCAGCUGGCCGAAGCGCUGGAAGCGCUGCAGGCGGAGCGCGAGGCCAAGUUCGCCGCCAAGAAGGAGCUGGACGCCCACCUCAGCAGGGAGGCCGCAUACAACAUCACCAACCUGGCCUACAGCAUACGAGGCAUGCCAGAAGACAGUGCGGAGGAGGAAGGCGAGCCGGGCGGUUCCUCGUCGGCGGAGCUGGCCAGCGCCAUGGGCGACCACCACGCGGACCUCUUCUCCGAGGUCCACCUGCACGAGAUAUCGCGACUCGAGAAGCAACUCGAGCAGGCGCACAACGAGAACAGCCAGCUGAGCACCUCGAUGCGGAGCGCGCAGGCGACCGCGGAGAGCGAGAGCGCCGCGGCGGCCGUGCUCCGCGCCGGCCUCAUACGCGUCGCGUCGCGCGUCUCUGCCCUCAACGCGCUGCACGCGGACUGCGCGCCCGCGGAGGAGAAGGAGGAGAAGGCGGAGGGGGGCGUGGCGGCGCGGGCCGCCCGCUGGCUGACGUGGUGGCGCGUGUCGGGCGGCGAGCUGAGCGCUCUGGCGGGCGCGCUCGCCGAGCUCAACGGCGCCCCCGCGGCGCCCGGCUCGCCCGCGGCGCUGCAGCGGCAGGCGCUCGCGCAGCUCAGCGACCGCGUGGCCGAGGCGGAGCUGCGCUGCGCAGCGCUCGAGGCCGACGCUGAUUUGCUGCGCACGCUCGCCGGCGGCGCGGGCCGCGCGCUAGCGAGUGCGGCGCCCGCCCUCUCCUCUGCGGCGGAGACGCUCGCGCAGCUCUACCACCACGUGUGCGCGGUCAACGGCACGCAGCCCGAGCGGCUGCUGCUGGAGCACGCGGGCCACCAAGACGGCGCCGGCGCGGAAGGCCGCAGCGUGGAGGAGGAGGCGUUAGCGUUGGCGGCCGGCGAGCUGGAGGGUCUACGAGCCGCGGGCAACGUAGCACGCUCCGCCGACACGCUGCUCGACCAGCUGACGCAUCUACGCGCCGCCCUCGACACUGCGCUCGACUCGCGCCACCGCCACCAGCCCGUGAUGGAGGCGGAGGAACGGGGCGCCGAGCUGGCCGAGCUCCAGGAGCAGGUGAUCAAGCUGAAGUCCCUGCUGUCCACGAAGCGCGAACAGAUCGCCACGCUGCGCACCGUGCUCAAGUCCAACAAGAACACCGCCGAGGUGGCGCUCGCCAAUCUCAAGUCCAAGUACGAGACGGAGAAGACCAUCGUCACGGAGACGAUGCUCAAGCUGAGGAACGAGCUGCGACUACUCAAGGAAGACGCCGCGACCUUCUCCAGCCUCCGCGCUAUGUUCGCCGCCCGCUGCGAGGAGUACGUGACCCAAGUGGACGAGCUGACGCAGGCGCUCGCCAGCGCAGAGGACGAGAAGAAGACCCUCAACCAACUUCUGCGCCUCGCCGUUCAGCAGAAGCUCACGCUCACGCAGCGCCUGGAAGAGCUAGAGGUGGACCGCGAGAUGCGCACGCGGCGCGUGCCCAAGGCGGCGGGCACUCCGCGCGCGCGGCCAAGGGACUUC